AUGGCCUCCCCAACACUGCGCACGCUUUCGGGACUGCCAGCGGAACCGACGCCGCUGAAAGACUCUGCCCUAGUGAUCAUCGAUGCGCAGCAGACAUACCGCGAAGGUGUCAUGAAGCUGGAGGGUGUGGAGCCGGCUUUGGAGGAGUGUGCAGCGCUUUUAAAACGCGCACGUGCAGAAGGUGCUACGGUGGUGCACAUCCAGCACGAUGCGGGGGAGGGUUCGCCCUAUGACCUCACGCAGCCCGUUGGCCAGAUUGCAGAGCCGGUGGCCCCGGUGGCUGGGGAGGAGGUCAUUGUGAAGAAGGUCCCCAACUCCUUCCAUGACACUACCCUCCAUCAGUACCUCCAGGGCAAGGGAGUGAAGUCCCUCGUUUUGGUCGGCUUUAUGGCCCACAUGUGCGUGAACUCAACGGCCCGCGGCGCCUUCAAUUUGGGCUAUUCCUCGACUGUAGUAGCCAGCGCCACAGCAACACGGUCCCUUGCGGAUCCGAUCACUGGCGAGCCCGUUGAGGCUGCCUUACUCAAGAAAAGUGCCCUAACGGCAAUCUCCGAUGUUUUCGCUGUGAUUGUGCCAACGGCUGACAAGCUGCCGUGA